AUUCCGAAAAAUUUUGACGAUGAUCUCACGAUUUACUAUUUAUUCGCAUGUAGUUGCUCCACCCGAAUAAUAUUUAAUUAUUUAGUUUUAAGAUAAGUAUUAAGUGGUAGGGCAGCGUCGUCAAGAUGCAGCAAUCUCCGUUUGAAAAUAUCUUCAGUAUAAUCGGUGGGAUAACCGAAGGCAACGAAAAGCCAAUGAAACAUGGAUUUUACAAUGCGUUUGCGUUAUUCGUUCUUGCUAUUUGCUGUGCUGCUGUGUAUGUGCUAUUUCUAAUCCUGGAGCCUUUCUUCAAACCUCUGUUUUGGGCCUUACUCGUGGGAUCGCUGCUCCACCCAUUUAAGUAUAGACUAUCAAGAAAGAUCAAAACAUGGUUUGAGAAUUUGGAUAAAAGCGAUAGUUCCAUGGUAGUCGCGUUGAUGGUCACACCCUUCAGUGUCAUAAACUAUGCCUCUGACACUGUCGGGAACCAGUUCAGAAAGCACUAUAAGACCAUAAUAGCCAUAAUGUCGGCAGUAUUCAUCCUGCCCUGGUUGUACAAUGCCAUACCGAGGAGUUUGUGCUGCAUUUUCUGGCAGCUGAGCAGCUUUAUUGGUUUCUCUACAACACUUUUGAUCAAUGUUUGCAGUUCUUACAUUACAUUGACCAUAGCCAUAGCAUAUAUCAUCAGUGUUUACACUCUCUGGUCUCCGAGCAACUCAGGUUUUUUCCGCCUCACCUCCCAUGUUCUCUGGCUUGUUAUUGCCAGUUUUCUGUCCAACAUAGCUGGGUCCUACCGAGUGUACAUGUUUGUGCUGCUACAGUCGACUGCGGUGACAGGAUUUACACUGGAAGUGUUACAUGUCCACAAACAGUUACAGCUACAAGAUCCAGAAGCAUCUAUCAUUACAGCAUUGCAUGAUGUUCUGACAUGCACUAAUAGCAGCAUUAAAAAACUAGAAGAUGAAAAGAUUGAUGAAAAGCCAGAAGAUACUAUACCAGAAGUGGACAGCGAGAAAGAAUCUACUCCAGAUAUCGACACCCCUACCACACCAGAGGGAGAUUUGAUGGGCAAAAGAGGAAGCUGGGCUGCAGGGAACGAUGAGAAUCCAAUACGUAAUGUCCGACAGGCCAAAAUGCUCUUCAAGACUAGAACUAUGUCAGCGCUACCAUUGGGCAAGAUGAAAACAAAGAAUGAUAGCCGCUUACUCUCCUACAGACAGCAAUCACUAGACGAUAACUAUAUUCGCAAUAACUUUACCGAUGAUGAAACGGCUCUCUAUUUCAAAUUAUUAUUUUCCGCCUGCUUUUGUAUGCUGGUCUGGAAACAUAUUUGGUUGUUGCCUGUGAUGUUAUUUUUCUUAGCCAUUCAUAUAUUGAAGAAUCUGUUAAAUUUCUUUGGAGUUUGGCUAUUCUUUGAAAAACAUUUGAAUAAUGUGGUGUCUAAAGUUAGGAAGUGGUGGGAUGAAAGGCAAUCGGCAUUAUUGCCGGCACAGAUCCGCGGUGUCGGUCGUAUGAUGUCGAUCUGCAAUAGAAGCGUCAAGGACAUGGCGUACGAGUCGGUGGACACGGUGUCCACUUGUAUCGUCAUUGUCGGCCUCAUACUGUUCCUCACCGUGGCCAUUGUCUUCAUUUGUAUACAGAUAUACUCUGAAGCUAUAGUGGUUGUCCAACUCAGUGGCAGCCUACUGAACAGUACAUUCGUACAGAACAGUGAACUACAUGCAUACUUGCCCGAAGGCUGGGAAGAGAAGCUAGAUUCUCUCAUUGACAACGCUUACACGUACGGCAGGGAAGGAAUCUCAACAGGUAUUAUGAGAUAUGUGAAGAGUAUACUCCGCGAGGGUGACCCUGAGAAGAUAGCGAAGGUGGAACAGCAGGUGCUGGAGAUAUGGGACAGGGUGUACCAGAGCUGGGUGUCCGGACACUUCGCCGCUACCACCGGGCCGCAGGUCGACGGGACCGCCGUGCAGGACUCGUGGGACAACUUCGUCAGUGACGUCACGGCUAUGCCAGAAUCACCAACACUUUGGUCCACAAUGUUAAAACAAGUGUAUGAAAGUAUUUUCUCUUCGAACAUGUUCGACUACAGCGGGCUGGUGUCGUGGGUGCGCGCGAACGUGGGCACGCUGAGCGCGCUGGCGACGGGCGUGUGGGCGCCGCUCGCCAGCAACGUGUCGCUGCUGGCGGGCUCGCUCGGCGCGGUCACGUCGCUGCUGCUCAGCGGUAGCGGCGCCAUCAUCAACAUGUUCAUCAACCUGGUGGUGUUCUUCACGACGCUGUUCUACCUGCUGGCGUCGAGCAGCGCGUUCUACAAGCCGGUGGAGGUGAUCACGCGCGUGCAGCCCAACUUCGGCUCGCGGCUCGGCAUCGCGCUCUCUGUUGCCAUUAAUCAGGUGUUCCGUGCGUCGUUCAAGAUGGCGCUGUUCUAUGGGCUGUGGACGUGGCUGGUGCACAACUUCUUCGGGGCUAAGGUCGUCUACUUGCCUUCAGUUCUAGCAGCAGUGCUCGGCGCGGCGCCGUUCCUUGGCCCGUAUUUAGCGGGCCUGCCGGCGGGGCUCGACGUGUGGCUGCAGGGCCGGCCCGCCGCGGCGUGCGCGCUGCUCGUGGCUCAGGCCGCGCCCAUCGCCUUCCUAGACGCGGCCGUGUACGCUGAGAUUAAAGACGGUGGUCACCCGUACGUGACGGGUCUGGCAAUAGCCGGCGGCAUAUUUUACCUGGGGCCGGAGGGCGCGAUCCUGGGCCCGCUGCUGCUAUGCUGCCUCAUGGUGGUCCUCAACAUGUCAUCCACCUUCCUGCGCGACACGCCCGCCGAGGAGCGCGCGGCGCUGCACUCGCGCGUCAGGCUCGGGGCUUACCUAUGAAAUGCAUGCGUGGACUAACCGAUAAGUAUAGGAAGGGAUUUUAACGGUUAUUCGAGAAUUAAUCGACUUAGUCGAUUGUUGAGAAUGGCAUACUUUAUAUGCAACGUUAUGAAGAUAUUCUUAUGAAUGUGGAACGAAGAUAUGAUAUUUUUAUAAUAAAUGUUUUGUAUUGAUAUACCUAUUCAAAGAGAUUUGAACAUCGAGAUUGUAUCGUAUGUGUACUAUCAGGUAGCCUAAUUUAUAUGCAGAUUGCAGACCUGCAACGAUUUUUGACGCUUGACAGGUGGCGUGCAUGAAAAAAACUAAAAGUGACAUAUUAUAAUACUGGUAUCACUAGCAG